AUGCCAGACUACUCGUGGUACGACGGUCGCGGCCUGCACGACGACCCCCGCCUGGGUGACAUGUACAUGCUGGUCUCGCCCUUCUCCUUCCACGUCGUCGUGUCGCGCGCCGAGGCCGUGACGCAGAUCACGUCAGCCGCGCGGGACAGGUACCCCAAGGACACGGAGACGUACGGCAUCCUCAACCAGUUCGGCCGCAACGUGCUCACCGUCGAGGGCGCCGAGUGGCGCGUCCACCGCAAGGUCACGGCCUCGUCCUUCAACGAGAGGAACUCGGCCCUCGUCUUCCGCGAGGCCGUCCGCCAGGCUCAGGGCAUGGUGGCGUACUGGGAGCAGGAACUCGGCGAGAAGGGGGAGGUCACGGAUGUCGUCACCAGAGACGACGAGGCCAGCGAAGAAGUAGGACACGUCGUCGUCGACACGGCGACGACGACGACGGCGACGACAGCAAAGACAGCAAAGACAGCAAAGAACAAGGAUAUCCUACGCACCGUCGAACGAGAUACCAUGCGUCUGGCUCUCAACAUCAUAGGCUACGCCGGUUUCGGACUACGCCUCCUCUGGCCGAACCAGGAGGCCCCCGCCGACGCCGACGCCGUCGAGCUCAAAUACGGCUCCAUGGUCCCGCCGGAGGGCUACACCAUGACGUUUGCCAGCGCCAUGUCGGAGCUCCUCCUCCACAUGUUCCUCCUCAUGCUGACGCCGCACUGGCUCCUGCGCAUCCUGCCCUUCGAGGUGACCCGCAAGGCCAUCGAGGCUCGCGAGGCGUACCUGCGUUACGUGGACGAGCUCCUGGAGCACAAGAUACGGCAGGUCGGGGAAGUAGAUGGGGACGAGGAAGAGGCCGAGGACGAGGUGGAGGGGGCACGAGGGAAGAGGAAGGAGGAGGGUAUGGAUCUGAUGGGCCAGCUGGUGCGGUCGAGCUACGUAAAGACCAAGGUGCCGGGGGCAGCGCGAUCGGGAGGAGAGGAGUGGGAGGUACGGAUGAGCGACCAAGCCCCCCUGAAGCGGGACGACAUCACGGGCAACGCCUUCAUCAUGAUGGUGGCCGGCCACGAGACGACGGCCAACACGCUGCACUUCACCAUGCUGCAGCUGGCGGCCAACCCGGCGUCGCAGCGCCGGCUGCACCGCGACCUGGAUCGGAUCCUGCCGGCGACCGACGCCGAGGGCAAGCCGAUCGACUGGGCCGGCGACCCGUCCGUAUGGGGCUACGACCUCGUCGCCCCGCUGCAGGCCAGCAUGGUGGGCGCCUGCAUGAACGAGACGCUGCGUGUGCUGCCGCCCGUCGUCGAGAUCCCCAAGGUGUCCUGCCCGCAGGACCAGACCGUCGUCCUCGAUGGCGAGCCCGUCGUCAUACCGGCCCGGUCCAUCGUCAUCAUCAGCGCCGCCGCCGCCCACAUGAACCCGCGGCACUGGCCCGCCGAGCCGAGCCGCGUGAGACCCGGCCACGACGACCUUGCCGAUUACGUCCCCGAACGAUGGUACAGGCAGACCAUUGUCGGCAACGACAAGGACGAGAGCGAGGAAGACGAAGGGGAACUGAAGAAGGAAAAGAAGACGAAACCGCCUCGGCAGCAGAAGCAGCAGCAGCAGCAACCUACAUCUGCGAGGGGACUAGAAGGAGGACAAGGGGCGAGUACAGGUACUGGCGGUACAGGCGGUACAGGCGGUACAGGCGGUACAGGUUAUCCCGGCAUCGGCAUUGGUGGCGGCAGCAGCAGCGGCACAUCCUUCUUCAGACCGGAACGAGGCGCCUUCGUCCCGUUCAGCGACGGGGCGAGGGCCUGCCUGGGCCGCAGGAUAGCCCAGGUAGAGGUGCUGGCUACGCUGGCGGCGGUGCUGCGCGAUCACAGCGUCGAGCUGGCCGUGGACGAGUGGGCUACCGACGACGAGGUGGACGGCAUGGAUCGCACGCAGAGGGCGGAGGUGUUUAUGAGGGCCAAGAGCAGGAUGCUCCAGGCCGUGGCCGCGUCUUCGUCGCUGGUGACGCUCAAGAUGCGCGGGGCCGAGGUGCCGCUUCGCUUCGUCAAGAGGGGGCACGAGAAGUUUAUCGACUGGCUCGACAGUGAUGACGAGUGA